CAUCUUGAGAAGGAUGACUGGGAAAACUCAAACCAGCAAUAUAACAAACAAGACAGAUCCUCGCUCACUGAAUUCCAGAGUGUUCAUUGGUAACCUCAACACUGCUGUGGUUAAGAAAACUGACAUUGAGCUCAUUUUUGCCAAGUAUGGGAAGAUCACCGGCUGCUCUAUGCACAUGGGCUUUGCUUUCGUCCAGUAUGCCUGCGAGAGGAACGCUUGAUCGGCUGUGGCUGGUGAGAACACCAGGGUCCUGGCUGGACAGACCUUAGACAUUAACAUGGCUGGAGAACCACGUCCUUACAGGCCAAAAGUGGGAUCCAAGCGGCAUUUCUCCUUAUACAGUGGAUAUGAAUUUGAUUAUGAUUUCUACAGGGACGAUUUCUAUACCAGAAUUUUUGACAUUCAUGGAAGAUUAGCACCCUCCCCUCGGGCCGUGAUACCUAUCAAGCAUUCCCGUUUGGUUGCACUCUCAACACGCAGGACAAAAAACUCAUUCCAUCCAAAGAUGUCCACUUGCUCUUCUUAUCUAAGGACGCUGUCUUCAGGUUCCUUAUGCUCUAUGGUGAAAUCCGAUCAGCUCCUGACAAUCAAAAAAGAACUGUUCCAGAUAAAGAUUAAGAUUGACUCCUUACUGGGAAGGCUAGAGAAGAUUGAACAGAAGCAGAUAGCAGAAGCAGCCAUCAAAAAAGCACAAGUGGUCAUGAGAAAGCCACAUGAUGAAUCAAAACUCAUCACAAGUAGCUAUUCCACGAAUGAGACACCCGCAGGAAGCAUGAGAAGGCCUAUCAGUCUCUCUAUAGUGAGACAGAAGAGGAUGUGGAUCAGGAACAUCAGGAAGCGGGGUCUUGGGAAGUGACUGAUGAAGGUGACCGGGCUAACAGUGAACUGAUAGAAAACCACAUAUCUGAUGUAGACAACUGAGCAAGAUUUUUGUGAGAUGAUGUCACUAUCUGAGAUUUGAGACUCCCUGCUGUCCAUGACUGGGACCAGCACAGCUAUCAAGUUUACUAUUUUUGGAAGAUAUCCAGAUCGAAUUGUUCAACCUUUCAUGUAUAUUUAUUUAUUUAUAUGCAUUUUUCAUGUUCAACUGGUCAUGCAUGCACCUACAUGAGUAUGUAUAGUCAGACAAAAUGAAAGGAUGAAAAAUGUAACUUAAUAUGUAUAAUAAUUAAUGUAUUUUAUCGAGCAAAUGUGAUCAAUUUCAGUGUCAACUGUCAUAAAGGUUUGCAAAUAAAUAAAUACAAAAUUUA